ACAUCCACUCAGUUUUCAAAAUGCAAUUCUCUAACGUCGUUAUCGCUUUGGCCGCUGCCGCCUCUGUCUCUGCUUACAACGCUACCACCAACACCAACAGCACCUCCAGCAACCACACCAACGGUACUUCCACCACCGUUAAGUCUACUGGUGCUGCUAACUCCAACGUUGUUGGUGCUGGUGUUAUUGGUGCUGCCGUCGCUGCCGGUGUUGCUUUGUUGUUCUAAGAAAUUGGUUGUUCUACCACGCCUUGUCGGGGGUACGACCUUCCUCUCCCAUUUUCUUUAGCACUGUACCAUUAAUUGGCUGUAUAUCGCCUUCCUUUCAGCUUCGGUUUCCUAAUUUCUGUUUUUCGCACUCGGUUUAUAAAUAUU